GGGAAAGCUUCGAGGAAUGUGCGGCCAGAGAACUGAUGGAGGAAACUGGUUUGGCAAUAGAGAACAUUGAGUUCUUAACCGCCACCAACAAUGUCUUCUCAGAUGCAGGAAAACCAGUGCAUUUGGUUGUUGUCUUCAUGCGUGCAGUGUUGGCAGAUCCUGAUCAACUACCCCAAAAUCUCGAGCCUGACAAGUGUUAUGGUUGGGAUUGGUAUAACUGGAACAACCUCCCAGAACCACUCAUCCAACCAAUAGAAUCUGUAGUGCGGACUGGAUUUGAUCCCUUCCCUGCUCAUGAAAAACAGUGA